UCAACACUUUCAGUUCAGAAGACAACUGAAGAAAACGCCGACAUGAGUCUCUCUGGAAAGGACAAGACCGUGGUGAAGAACUUCUGGGCCAAAGUGGCCCCGAAGUCAGCUGAGAUUGGAGGAGAGGCUCUGGGGAGGAUGCUGACUGCUUAUCCCCAGACCAAGACCUACUUUGCUCACUGGUCCGAUCUGAGUCCAAGCUCUGCGCAGGUGAAAAAGCAUGGUGCCACCAUCAUGGCGGCCAUUGGAGACGCUGUGUCAAAGAUUGACGACCUUACUGGAAGUCUGUCUGCCCUCAGCGAGCUCCACGCUUUCAAGCUCAGAGUGGACCCUGCCAACUUCAGGAUCCUUGCUCACAACCUCAUCUUGUGCAUGGGCAUGUUCUUCCCCGCAGACUUCACUCCCGAAGUCCACCUCUCCGUUGACAAGUUCCUCCAGAACUUGGCUCUCGCUCUGUCCGAGAAAUACCGCUAAAAUCCGGCAACUCCGGAGCCCCUGAAGCCUGUCAUCUACAGUAAUGUCAAUAAAACCUCUUAAAAUGGCAGGGCUCCGUUAAUAAAUAUAAUAAACACUG